AUGGAUUUUAUUCUCUCUUUAACGCACUUCUGUGAAGUGCAUGGACCUACCUCCAUCAUUUGCUCGCAGGUCCUACCUUUUUCAUGCCCGCAAUGCCAUACCGAAGACUCUCCACAAGGGACUCCCGCUUCGCAAGAGUCUCGCUUCGAUGAAGUCCGAUCUCAAAAGUCAGAAGGCUGCAAGUCACCUAGAAUCGAAGAUUCUCCUUAUUUCUUAAAAGGACAUCCCGCCUCGCCCGACGAAACCCGAAGCGGCGCCAAUGGCGGCGACACAUGCGCCAGUUGCACUUUGUCUCUACCAGAUAAUGUGAGCCGACAACUACCUCCCGGUGCGCCGGGCAGUCGCGACGCCAAAGGAAACAGCACUAGCCCUGUUCUCCGCUCACGCGAGGUCGUUUAUUCCUGCGGCAGCAACCACUCGGAAAUGGAUGACGAAACCGAUUAUCGCACCCAUGCCUCCCCUCCGGAAUCCCUUCACUCCGCCUCAGUCGCAUCCGACGCCUCAUGCCACACACACAUCCAUACUUACCUCUCUCAACGCGGCCCACCGAAUCCCGCCGACUACGCCCUCCUUCGACGCUCCUCUAUCCGCACCCUCAGCUGUGAGCUUCUACCGCGGGGUCUCUCUUCGGGACCUAUCUGUUUCGGCGACUCAAUCGCCGGCUACACCAUCGCAUACAUCUUCCGUCUUCCGGAUCCCAUGGCCCGCGGAAAGCGUCGCAGCUACGCAUUAGUGGCACUGGCCGGAAGAGACGCCGGAAGAGCGUUCCGCGCAUGCCCCAUAAUCUGGCGUGCAUUCGGUCGCAUCGCAUCCAGCAUUGUCAACGCCGCUGAGCGCUUCCAGGAAGACGAGAAGUCUCGCGACGAGCAGAACACUCCGGGUAGACAGCCAGGCCGUCAGUACCCUCCCAUUUCUUCUUUCCUCACCGGGCGCGGCAUGGACCCGGCUGGCCGGCGUGCCGCAGGCCAGAUCCGUGCGCGCAACUUGGCCGAAAUCGUGGGCAACGAAUACAUUUUUACUGAACUACAUGCCCAUUUCGUCGCACUUCUCCAGCAGCUGGGCUCAAUGUUUGGCGGAAUCCCUCUCAACGAGGAACGCUUUGUCUGCAGCACUGUCGGUGACGAACAAAGCACCAGCUCUGCUCAGCCAGUCCUGGUCUCUAAAGCUAGACCACUAAAGGACGGCCAGAAGUAUGACGGCAACGACAUCGACAUGUCAAACCUUGAAAUAUCCACGGGACCCAAGGCGAUUCCCAUUGCGCCUCGCCGGCCCGUCAUGGCAUGA